UCACGUCCCGUCAUGGUCCUCUCGGGAGUACACUUGAUUGGACGAUAAAACUCUAUGAAAUGAAACUCAUUGAGUCCGGUUUCCCCGAAGAGAUACCUAACAGUGGGAGAAGUUUAGAUUUUGCUCUCCGCUGGUAGAAUUGAUGUUGCUGAAGUUGCUGAAAUAAAAAUGUGGCGUACGUGGCCUGGUAUAUUUUAUCUCCUUGUGUUAUUGUUCGUUAUUCAUUCUGCAAGCUGCGAAUUCCACACUUUAAAGCGUUUGCGACCUAAAGCGAGCGACAAAACACAAGCCCAAGCUGUGAUUCAUCUGCUCAGACGACUCCUGGGAGACAGGUCCCGAGAUUUCAUUGUGUCAGUGAACAGAACUUUGUCCGACGACGGAUUGGACGUCUGUGAACUUCGGUCUACGAAAAACAACCAAGUUGUCGCCAUCGGAAGCACCGGUGUGGCGCUGGCAGCUGGAAUUCAUAACUACUUAAAGUACUACUGCCACUGUCAUGUGUCUUGGUCAGGAGAUCAGCUAGAUGUCCCCCGGCCUUUGCCUCAGCUCGCCGGUGUACUUCGGAUCAGCACCCAACACAGGUUCAGGUACUACCAGAACGUUUGCACGCAGAGCUACUCCACGGUGUGGUGGGACUGGCCGAGAUGGCAGCGGGAGAUCGACUGGAUGGCAUUGAAUGGCAUCAAUUUGCCCCUGGCAUUCAAUGGUCAGGAGGCACUUUGGCAACAGGUGUACAUGUCCCUGGGUCUAAGUAAGAAGGAGCUGGAGGAGUUUUUCACAGGUCCUGCCUUCUUGGCAUGGAAUCGGAUGGGAAACCUUUUUGAGUGGGCAGGGCCACUUCCUCAGUCCUGGCACAUUAAACAGCUCUCCCUGCAAAGUAAAAUCUUGGAUCGCAUGAGAGCUUUUGGAAUGAUUCCUGUCUUGCCGGCCUUCGCAGGGAUUGUGCCUCAUGGACUCGCUCACCUGUUUCCUCAGGCAAACGUGACCAAGCUGGGUCCUUGGAGUCAUUUUAACUGCAGCUAUUCCUGCGCCUCAGUCUUGGAUCCACGUGACCCACUCUUCCAGCGAAUUGGCUCUCUCUUCCUGUCCCAGGUUGUUAAAGAGUUUGGUACAGACCACAUCUACAACACUGACACCUUUAAUGAGAUGAUCCCCUCCUCAUCAGACCCCACCUACCUUGCAUCAGUUAGUCAUGCGAUAUUCACCACUAUGACCUCAGUGGACGCAAAAGCGGUUUGGCUGAUGCAGGGCUGGAUGUUCGUCAACAACCCUGAGUUCUGGAAGCCACCUCAGGUGCAGGCCCUGGUGCGCGGCGUCCCACUGGGCCGCAUGAUCGUGCUGGACCUGUUUGCCGAUUCUGUGCCCAUGUUCCCCCACACCCAGUCCUUCUAUGGGCAGCCAUUCAUCUGGUGCAUGCUGCACAACUUUGGUGGAAACACCGGCCUGUUCGGGGCUGUAGAGCGGAUCAACUCGGGCCCCUUCGAGGCACUCCACUUCCCCAACUCCACGCUUGUGGGGCUGGGCGUGGCCCCCGAGGGCAUUGGACAGAACCCUGUUGUCUAUGAGCUGAUGACCGAGAUGGCGUGGCGCCAGGAACCCGUAAACUUGUCUGAGUGGGCAUCUCUGUAUGCUGCCCGCCGCUAUGGCAGCCAGGAGGCAAGUCUCCCUGCUGCCUGGCAACUGCUGUUCCGCAGUGUGUAUAACUGCACCAUCCCUGGAUACAAGAGCCACAACCAUAGUCCACUGGUGCGCCGGCCGUCGCUGAAGAUGCACACUGAUGUUUGGUACGACCCAGCAGACGUCUACAAGGCGUGGAUGCUGCUGUUCAGCGUGGCAUCUUCCAUGGUUUCUGUGGAAACAUUUCGGUACGAUCUGGUGGAUGUGACCAGGCAGGUGAUUGAGCUCCUCACUACAGAAUACUACAAAGAAAUACGAGACACAUUCCAGGCUCAGAAGCUGCCAGAUCUCCUGCAGGCUAGAGGCGUGUUGGUGUAUGGCCUGCUACCCGACCUGGACAAGCUCCUCUCCAGCAACGUCCACUUCCUUUUGGGGGCGUGGUUAGAGCAGGCACGCUCGCUGGCCGUCGACAAGCAGGAAGCACAGCUGUACGAGGUGAAUGCUCGGAACCAAAUCACACUCUGGGGCCCUGACGGCAACAUCCUGGACUAUGCCAACAAGCAGUGGGCGGGUCUGGUGCAGGAUUACUACCUGCAGCGCUGGGACCUGUUCAUGUCCACACUCGUCGGAUGCCUGGAGCGAGGCCAGCCUUUCAGUCAGGAUGCAUUCAACCAGGCUGUGCUCCAGGUGGAGAAAGACUUCGUCUACAACCACAUAAAGUACCCGGCCCAGCCAAGCGUGGACACUUAUACCGUUGCCCGCCUGAUCUUCCUCAGGUACUACCCCGACAUCAGGAAAAGGAUGAUGCGGGAAUGAUAUUUGCAGUGCCAUAUCUUUAGAGUCAGACCCAAGACAUGCUGUCAUCGAGGGAACUGAAAAACAAAAGAGGUCAUCAGAUUUUUUUUCUGAAAUUUGUUUGUGUAUAAGCUCUGCUUCCAUAUCAACUCAAUCAUGUACAUUCUCACAGCUAAGACAACAUAAUAAAUCCAACUACUUAUGGUUUUACAUUGCACGUGCAACAUCUUUCAUAAAGAAAUUUGGACUUUUUGUUUAGAUAUAGGACAUGGUGUUGCUGUAGCCCCAUAAACAAACUUAACUCUAAAUGUUUUGGGAAUGUGUCCACGACACUGUGUGUAUAGUUGGGUUCAGCUGGGGUGGACUGUGACAUGCUUUGGAGGUGUAUUACAUUUUCCUUACGGUACUUGGUAGAGUGAUUAGACCAAUCAAUAUAUGUGUGUCCCAUGGGAAUCGAACCUAUGACCUUGUUGUUGCUAGCACUCUUCUCAAUCUGCGUUAUCAGAUAAAAUACAGGAGCUUAAGAGUGUUGGUGUCCCACACCCUAAGUAGGGUUUACUCUACUUUCUUUGGUUUCUAAAUAUAAUGGUAUAACUAACUAGAAAACUUUUUUUCUGUUUACAGUAUUUCACAAGAUUUGGUUAAAAAACAAGGUUAAAAAACAAGUUUUAGUUGCCAUUUAACAUUUUGAUAUCAUUUCAUGUAUUGUAUGAAUGGUUGUUAUGGUUACUUGAUUUUUCUGUGCCCAUUUAACAAAGGUGACCUAUUUCAUUAGUCAAGAAAAUUCAGCUUUUUAUUCAGGGGAAAAAAAAGGGUAUUUGACAAGUGGGAACCCUGAAAAAAUGCUAAUACCAUAAAAAAAGGCUAGCACCUGUAUAUUUAGCUUGAUUGUGUCACAUUCAAAGGUUAUUCAAUUUAUUAUUAUUAUUUUAAUUUAAUUUAAAAAUUUUUUUGUAAGUAGAUAGGAGAUGGCAUUGUAUCAGGAAAUGGGAGCUAAGCUAAUGUGCAGUGUGGAGUUUCAAUGUAUUAUCUAGUGUUAUGCUAAGGUGUUUUGUUGUUAAACCCCAUCUGACCAUGAAAGAUGCACAUCCAGUAAGUUCCAGAAGGAGUGUGUGUUUAGUGAUUCAAGAUAUAUUUUUAGCUAUAUUGUGUUUUUUAAAUAACAUAUUCCGAAAUUCGGUAAACAUUUUGCAACUGUUGUUCUGGUCCAGUAAAGUUUUAUUAAUGAGAUUGUUGUAGUAUUGUAAACAUUAGAAAGUCAGAGUUGUAUGUCUAUUUAAAUUUUAUCAAAUGAACCUUCAGAUUCACUAUGUUUCUGAAAUAACCACUUGUACAGAUGGGAUAAAAAAAUACUUGAGAAUAAUUCUGCUAUUUCUAUUAGAAAAUAAAUAUAUUCUCCCUAUUUUUUCCCCUCUUUGUACUUUUACUUGGAAUGAUGAAUAAACUUUAUUUAUGGAUGACCAUUUACCCUUUUCCACUUUGACAAAGAAAAACAGAACUUUCCAGUAGCAACUGCUGUCAUAAGUGAAAUAGAAGUGGAACAAGGGGAAUGUGUUACAAAUGAGCAAAGAGAUGAUCAGAAAAGCUGUUGUUUUAAUGCUGGUAUUGCACUGACUGCAUUCUGCAGCAAUGUUUAUUAGAAGCAGGACCAAAAAGAGUUUAGAAUAAAUAUUUAAAUUCCAAAUUCUUGUCCAUCUUUAUAAACCAUUCAUUUCACAAGCAUAAUUAUCAGUAACUUGUGUAAACGUCGAAAGAAAUUGUUGAAAUGCUAUUUUUGUAUUUCGUUGAAUAAAAAGUGAUUUUCUUUUCUUUCAUA